AUGUCUUCAUCUUCCACCACCGACAAGGUUUUGAGUCACACGCUCCACGUGGCCAAGACACUUCCUCAAGAAAGUGAAUAUUGCUUGGAUGAGCCUAGUUUGUCUGUCACCAAAGCGGUGAAUAAUUUGGCUGGCCUACAAUCUCCGUUUUCUUCUCCUGUAUCAACAAGAGCAGGCAAGGUGAACGGAUCCUCUCGACGCUUGGUGGAGCUCUCAUCAGAGUUCACUCUGGCAUACUCAACUCCAGUUCGGUACCACCUACCUACUCGGAUGCGUACCAAACCGGAGAUCUCAUGCUUUGAGUCUGACGAUGAGGAUCACAAGGAUCACACGAGUGUUAAGAAAGCAUUAACACUGGCAAGUGAUGCACUGGCAUGGUGCACAAGGAAACGUGCCAAUUCCUCGAUCACACUCAAGGCAUUCAAACACACCGAUAACAAGGUGCAAGGUCAUGAGGUGCCUGACACUACCCAGAUCAAGACUCGGACGGUCAUUGCGGAUCAGCAGCACAAAGUUCAAUGGUCUGGAAGUACAUUGAACUCUGUCACGGAAGCCCACACAUCUUUGGUCCCGAUGUGUAGGCUGACAAGAAAGUCAAGGACUUUCAAGAGAUCUGGACAAGCCGUGGACUUUGGGUCUGGGGACAAAGAGGCGAAGAUGGCACAAGGAGCCUCGACCUCAAAAUGGAUUGAGUGGUAUGGAUCCGAUCCAUUUGAGAUUGAAGAGGUCUCAAGGCUCAGCAAAUUGAGGCCACCAGGCCCGCCGCCUAACUGCCCGCUCCCCCCGCUGCCUACCGAAGUUUCCUAG